AUGGCUAUGGAUUUUUCGGAUUUUGAGUCCUUUCUCGGCGAUGACUUCAAUGCGUUGGAGUUUGCCAAUGAUCUCAUACUUUCCACCAACAACAUUGACGAUACCUCUAUCGAUCUGGCCACACCAGCCAAAAGGCUGGGAUAUGACUUGAAAGAGGCAGACAAAAGAAUCAAGCAAACGGCAUCCGACAAUUACCCCGAAUUAAUACAGUCGAUCACCAGACUCGAUAAGGUCAAGUCCACGAUUGGCACCGUCAAGCCCUCGUUGGACCAUUUGAACGUUUCAUAUGCCAGAUUAGACAAUGACGUUGUCAAGCCUUAUGAGGAGGCAAUGACUCUUCACACUGCUUUGAAGAGGAUUCACGCCACAUCUACGUUACUAAGAAGUGUCACGUACUUUAUCUACUUGGUGCAACAGGUGGAGGAACAUUUCAAGAUGGAACUUCUUACCGAAAUUCCCUACAUACAUCUGCUGAAGUGCUGCAAGUCCCAGUAUGAUUUGAGACAGCAUUUGGUUGAAUCGCCCUCUCUGAAGAGUCUAAAACUGGUGAGGGAUUACGAUGAUGUGGUCCAGGAGAGACAGCAGAGGGUGAUAGACAUCAGUCAAACUUCAAUCAGGAAAUUCAACGCCGAGACUCCCGAUAAUGUGAUGAUCAAUUCCUUACUGUCGUUGGCAAUAAGCUCACCAGAAGCUCUCUACAAUGCGUUUCAGCAACUGGUCAGCAACCAGGCAUUGACGUCUCUGAACAUCCUCACCAGAACGCUUACCAGUCCCAGGAGUUUUGAGAACGCGAUGAAAGAUGUAGCACAAAAGGGUAGACUCAUAUCGAAGGUCUCGAAGGUGAUGAGUAACAUAAGGUGGCCGUUGUCAGAUAGAGACGAGGAUACAUCGACCAAACAUGUCUCCAUGCUAAAUCAACUUUCCAAUGUGCUGGAAUUGCAAGAUUUGCUGUCUUCUUUCUGGAAGGAUGUGGCUACGGCAUUUGAGCCAAAAUUCAAGGACACGAUGCAAAGAGGAGGUCCAGUUGCAAAGUCUUUGAGGGCUUACAGUGAUAGCAUCAAACUGUCUAUUAGGGAAUGCGUUACGAAUAGCAGUUAUGGAGAGCCAUUGAGGGAGGAUGGAAUUGAGGUGAGAAUGAUGUUGAACAGUGUCAACAGUCUGGACACAAUUAGGAGGUGA